AUGAUGCUUUUCCUUCUCUUUGGAUUUGUAGCUUUUGCUAUUGCAGGUUCCAUCGCCAAUGCCAGUACAAAUACCUGCUAUGGCUCCAAUGUGAUCUCAACACCUUCAGCGGACCACCGCCCUGUGCCAUGGGGUACCCCGAGUGUCCAUUUUUCGUCAAAUGGCACACCAACUACCUGCUGUGACUCCCUCGACGAGAUCCGUACCGCGCUCGAUGAUAUCGACAAUGAACUACUCAGUCUCCUAAAUCGGCGGGCCGCUUAUGUCCGCGAGGCCACUCGGUUCAAGUCCACACGGGCUUCUGUGAAUGUUCCCUCGCGCAAUGAGGCCGUCCUCAAGCAGGCAGAGCAGCAGGCGGUGGAUAUUGGGGUGCCAGUGACGAUUGCCCGGGCGGCCAUGGGGGCCAUUUUGAACUCCAGCGUGCCUUUUGAAGAGUGCAUUUUUGAUGCCUAUGUUGAAUAA